UUGUAAGCUAUAGGAAAUGCAGAAAUUUUCAAUAAAGCAGGAAACCCCCAUCUCACGGCAAAUUCUCAGAAUAGGCGUCCUGUUUCAGGCGGCGGAGCAAUUAGCCGGGCUCAACGAGAUGCCGGCGCCAGCAGUAGCAGCUCAAAGCAUCGGAGGUCAGAUUCUGACACGUGCCGCACUGAGUGUCAUGAGGCAGAUGGGAAUGUUGGAUGGCUCCUCGGCGAUGGAUGAUGGUGUGGAGAAGCCGAAGGUGAUUGAUGGUGGAAGAGCUCGGAGAGUGGUGGAAGAGGAAGAGCCGAAGACAGUGUCGCCGAUGUGUAUGGAGGAGUUUCGGAAUAUCCUACAAAACGGGGUAUCCACCGGAUCACCGUGCUCUCCGCGGAGACGGGCUUCUCUGAUGGCCGAGCUGGUGGGGCCGGUGCCCCGCUUGGAGCUUGAGAGCAAGUUUGUCGAGCCGGCAGCUCCGCCACGGAAGUCGAUUCCGGGAUUUAUGGCGGCUCCAAAGUUCGCGUCGACACCGAAGCCAGAUGGGAUUCGUAGAUCGAUGGUGGAUGGAUCUUUGCCGACGCCACGCCGCGGAUCUCUCGUCAAGCAGCAGCGGGCACCCGCGAUUGGAGACGUGACGCCGAUGGAGAACAAGGCGAGCCGGCUGAGACGGCUGAAGCUCGAGGAGACGAGGAAAUCGAUGACUGGUGGCGGCGGUGGUAGCGGGAAGGAGCUGAAUCUCGACAUUUCAUUGAACUCUUCUUGCGGAUGGAAAUGAAGUUUUUUAGACUGUCUAGAAAAAAUCACUACGACACUCCGAGAUUCCGGGGCUGCUAUGUGGCCGAGAGAAGAGAGGAACUCGGCCACCGAUUGUGUCGAUUUACGCAGCUUGUGUACUCCUCGAGGAGAAGAAUUUUUUUUGACUUGUUUUUUGGAUUGUAACACAAAAACUGCAAUUUUUGUCGAUUUUCUCACGAAAAAACUGGAAAAUAAAAGAGAAAACUCGGC